UCACAACCACCACGUCAACUCUUUUUUGUUUCAUCGUUACUGUUGUUGCAACUGCUGUCACCGGUUCACAUUUAAUCAUGGCAUCGUUAAUUCAGUCAAUAAAGUCUAUACCCACGCACAUGGACUACGAGGGUCAAGCGAGGGCUGAAAAACUGUCCAGGAUCAUUGUAACUCUCUUCGGAUUCGUAGGACUGAUUUGGGGAUAUGCUAUCCAAGAAUUUUCCCAAGCCCUCUACAUUCUCGGUGCUGGCUGUGUAAUGGCUGCUAUAAUAACCGUUCCCCCAUGGCCAAUGUACAGACGUACACCCCUAGACUGGCAGAAGCCCCAGACUGAAGCCCUAUCGAAGAGCAAAAAGAAGAAAUAACUUCCAUUCAACAUUCACUGUUUUCUACGCGAGCAUUUAACAUUGUGGAUAUUAUUAUUAAUCUCUAAUUAUUAAAUAAACGUUACAAAAAACUGUACAAAAAAUAAUAUUCUGUGUGAAAUUUACAGUCCAGGGCAUUCACCCUGAUCUGUGCAUUUAUCGCAAUAUAAUAUUUAAUUACUCCUUGAAAA